GUCAGGGAUCUCCAAAUUGACCAAUCGUCUGUCUCUCAAAGACCGUGUUGCCAAAGCCGAGAAGACUUCCACGAACCAACCUCCAUCCUACAGGAGACGAUCUCUCAGUCUGGACUGGGCUGACUCUCCCAAGAUGACGCAGCCCAUGAGGGGGGACCAGGCCCACCAGCCGGCCUCGGCCCGCAAGUCGGGAAGCCUGUCCUCGCCAAACGCGGCUCGACGACUGUACCGCAACUUGUCUGGAAAGUUCCGUGUGGGCACCAACCCCCCUGCCCUGGAGGACAGUGUGGUGUCGGGACGGGGAGGAGACAAAGAGAGGCUGCGCAAAACCACCAUAUUCCAGAGUAAUGAAGCGUUGUUCGAGGCGGUGGAGCACCAGGAGAUGGACUUGGUUCAGCUGCUUCUGUCCCAGUACAGUCUGGAGGAGCUGGACCACAACACCCCAAACAGCGAGGGUCUCCUGCCCCUCGAUAUCGCUAUCAUGACCAACAAUGUGCCCAUGGCAAAGCUGCUACUGCGAGCUGGUGCCAAGGAGAGCCCCCACUUUGUGAGUCUGGAGGGCAGAUCGGUGCAUUUGGUGACGUUGGUGCAGGAGGCUGAGCAGCGGGUGUCGGAGCUCCAGGCUCAGGUCCGGAGCGAGGGUCCUUGUGAGCGGGAGGGGUCCGAUCGCGAGAGGCAGCUGAAGGCCUGGGAGUGGAGGCUCCGGCUCUUCAGACGCAUGCAGACGGGCUUCGAGCAUGCUGACCCUCCAGACGCACCCUGUGCAGUCCGUCUGUCUGUCAGCAGCAGCACCAGUCUACGGUUGGACUUCCAGGAGCCUCUCUGUGUCAACUCUGCUGUGGUUACCAAGUACAAAGUGAUCUGGAGCAGUGCUCCUUCAUUGAGUCCUUUGCUGGGUGAGAUGCUUGUUGAGGACACCGCUCUGCUGCAGGGCAACAUCACUGGACUCACUUCUGGGACCUAUUACUAUGUCCAGGUGUCAGCCUACAACAUGAAGGGUUGGGGGCCUCCACAAGUCUCCACCCCGUCCUGCGCUGCACCUUCCAGUUGGAGGGAUAUCGAUGGCCGCGCUCCCCGUCAGAGAGGCCAGAAGGAGGCACUUGACCAGCUACUGGGACAGAUAAAAGAAGCCCACCGCCACUGUGUCUGCCAUGAACAGUGCAAAGCUCCACAGCAAGGCAGGAAGCACUCCGUUUCCAAAAGCCUGCGCCACCUCUUCCAACCUACCAGCAAAUUUGUUAAAAGCUUGAAAAGGGGUCUGUACCUGACAUCCAUACUCUACAGAGAUGAUAAUGUGCUAGUGACUCCAGAGGACCAGAUUCCUAUCGUGGAGGUGGAAGACUCCUACUCCAGCUCCCUCAUGCAGGACUUCCUCUGGUUUACCAAGGUAUCGUAUCUAUGGGAGGAGAUUCCCUGGCUACAGCAGUGUCUCAGUCCUUCGCAGUCUUCUUGUUCCUGCACUCUCCAGACGCGCCUCAAGAUGCUACAGGCUGUCUCACAACUACAGGGAAUGCUGGGAACCCAGGACCUCGGUCAGGUGUAUUUUGAGCCAAUCAAAGACAAGCAUGGUAACGCCCUGCUGGUGCUGCUGAAGGACAUGAGUUCCUCUCCUAACCUGGACGGGGUUCGCUGGACGCAGCUCUGCAAACUCCAGCUCCAACGCAAGUCCAUCUCGUCCCCCGAGGAGCCCAGCGCUCUGGACAUGCUUCUCAUCACGCUCCAUGAGAAGCUGGCGUAUCACAGGCGGAGCAGGAAGGUGUUGGCCCCCGGAUUAUACCUGGGCUACCUGAAGCUGUGUACCUCAGUGGAGCAGAUCAGAGUGCUGGUGCCUCAGAAGCUCCCCAACGUCCUCUGUCACACCAAAAUUCGGGACAACAGCAACGUGUCCAGAGAGGAGUGGCAGUGGCUGCAGGCUCUCAGCUCUCUGGAGGAAGCGGUUGAAAUGGAUAAUGAAGAGCAGAGCGCUCCUCAUCGCCUCUUACAGGACGUGCGCAGCGCCAUCAAGGACCUGAUGGCACACAUCAAUAUCCCAGGCAAUCAGGUGCAGGAAUUCCGUAUCUACAGCCAGGAAGUGGUGGAGUUUGGUGAGAAAGUGUCCUUCCUGCUCCUCCUGCCACCUUCAGAUGAAGUGUGCACAGUUCCUGGUCAGAACAACCCAUACUCCCCCCGCUCCGGCUUCCUCACCCUGCCCCUCCAGGUCUUUGAACUGGUCCACUUUAAUGCUUAUUGCCCCAGUUUCAUCGGCCAGUACUGCAGAGUGUCUGCGUUGCUGGAGCUGGAGUCCCUCAUGUCCCAGCAGGCCCUAAGGGAGGCCUUCUCUGAGACUGAGCUGCAUUCUGCCAAGAAGAAACACCAGCAGGUCCAGGAACACAUUCAGGAAAUGGAGGAAGUGUGGCGGGAUGCGAGGUGGAUCAUGGAUGCUCUGCAGUACGCUCGCUACAAGCAGCCCACAGGGGGCAUCUCCAUAAGUUGGAUCAUUGACUUCUCCAAGGAAGUGCUCCCUGAGAAACCUCCCUCCACCUCCUCUCAGGCCGACUUCCUGCCCUCCCCGAUGCCUUCACCCGAACCCUGCCACAAGCACUCAGAUUUUGCUGGUCUAUCAGAUGAAGAGGGCUCCUCUGAGGUCUUCCUCACCACCGACAGUGACUACGACUCCAGCCGUGCUCAGAGUCCCCGGGAGCUGGAUCUGCUGCCGGCCUCCCCGCUCUCCUCCUCCGCGCCGCUGGAGCCUCGCGGGUUCCUGCGUAGCGACGGCAGCAGCUCAGGAGGUGGGGGGUGUCUCGGUGGCGGGGGACGGGGCAGUGGGGCGCUGAGAGACUCCACUCCAGACGUCCUUCAGGCCUCCGAGCCGCAGCACGGGAGGGACGGCGAGCGGUGCGGAGGAGGAGGGCGAUGUGGCGGGGAGAGGCGGAGGGGCGGCCCCGAGCUGUUCGACAGCGACUUCAUCCUGCCCAGCCGGCAGAUCGAGCUGCUGCACAUCACAGAGAAGAGGCAGGCCUUCUGUGUGAGGACCAGCAGCCUGGAGUUCCCCUCCGCCCACCAGCCUUACUCCUACCACAGCUCCUGCCCCUCGCCCUCCACCUCGCCGCAGAGGAGAUGUCACCGGCCAUCGUCUGUGGAUCGCUGUUGCCCGGCUGAGCGCUGCCUCCCGCAUCUUCCACCGGCGCGUACGUUAUCGCAAGACAGCGGCACGCAGAGACUCUCCUCGCUGUCGCCGGCCUCCCUCAGGAAAGGCUGCCACGCCACGCUCAAAGUUUACCCGCAGUAUCACACAGGCCUGCCCAAGGAGACCAGUGUUAAGCUCUGUGUGACUCCAGGGACGCCGGCGCGGGAGAUGGUGCAGCUGGUGGUGCAGGAGAUGAACGUGGUGUCGCGGCGCAUGCUCGGCAGCAGCGGGGGGGAACAGGAGCCGUGUGUGUACUACAGCCCCGAACAGAUAAAGCACUUUGGCCUCGUGCUGGUGGUGGACAACAGAGAAAAGUGGCUUCAGGAUGAUUUCUGUCCCCUGGAGCUGCAGAACCCCUGGCUGAGGGGAAAACUGUGCGUCCGUAUAAAGGAGUAUUCACCACUAGCGCUCACACAAAGCCGGGCCACUACAGUCUGACACUUCCAGGAGAGAGACACUCAAGACCUUUACAUUCUCUUGGGAUAAAUGUGUAUAAAAAUGAAGGAACUGUUACAUUUGUACAAACAGGCCUACGAUAUUUUGUCCCACUGUGGUGUAAUCAUCCACAACUGCAGCUAUAAUAUGUCAUACUACUGCUGUGUGCUUGUCAUCGGAGAAGUUUCUAUGGAAGUACUGUAUGUCUGAACUUUUUUUCAAAGACCCUCAUAUGGACACCAAAUGAACAAUAGCAAAAUAGAACAAAGAGAAAAUAGUUUCAGCGCUGUCAAGGAUCAUUUGGGAAAAGAUUGUGAUGGCGGACGAGAUUAAUGGAGCGUCACUUUGACUUCUGGCACGAUUGACGACGGCACAUGGAGGCGUUGCCAACAGAAAGUGGGCAGCGUCAUCGUUGCAGCCACACGCGGACACAGAUUUUUCUAUGAACUCUCUCAUUGUGUCAUUCCCAAAGAGCUGUCGCCUGCAGCCGCCUGGCAACAUGUCCCCAGGAUGUGGGCGCUGGA